UAAGUUUCUGCUGUGUUAUUUAAACAUAAAUUGGAAUUAGGAGGAGAAAAAAUAAAUAUGUUACUUUACAAAAAAUACUUCAGCAUUUGUAAAUUCAGACACUGGCACAGCUUAUUUUUUUCAUGAAAUGUGCACCACAGUGUCCUGCAUGGGUAAAGUUAAUUUUGCAUCACACACCUCAUUAAAACAGCUAAACACACAACCAAUAAACAGAUUAUGCCUGUGAUUAAAUCAAACAUGCACAAUCCUAUAACCAUGAGGUUUUAGAUACAGAAUUUAUUUUUUAAAUUCUAGGGCUGCAAGGUGUGUGGAUAUAAAUAUCUUGAGGGUGCAAUGUGUGUUUUAUCAACUAUUUAUCUUGCUGAGGAUCUAUGGCUCGUGUGUAGGAGGUUAUUUAUCUUGUACCAGCUGGUAUGACGUUUGUGCCUUAUGUCUUCUUCAUGUUCAUAUUUUUCCUCUUGCCCAAGACAAUACAAAAUACAGAAUGUAGACAUGGAAAAUUACCAAGUAGAUCACUUUAUCUCGAUUUAGCUUCAAGUCACAAUUGAAUGUUUAAUAUCAACAAACAAGUUUAAAUAAUAGACAAAGAAAACCUAAGAUUAGUUCCUACAGACAUUUAAAAAUUUCACCAGAGCUCAAAAACAAAUGUCUGUGAACCUCUGCAGAGCCAUCAAACAUCUUACCGUAUUCCAAAAUCUCUCACCUAAUUUGCCACUCAAAAGAACUUGUUUAGCUAUCUGCAAUUUCUCUGCAAUAAUCUUUUUUAUCUCUGCAGUUCUCAUUCACUGCUCUCGUUUGCUGCACACAACUCACAUCCUAAAAAGUGUUUCAGUGGCAUAGGAUUCUAUUGCAAUAGCUGUGCAUGCAUCACAUGAUCCUGCUGUCGUACCUGGCUGUGAUCCCAUCAGUUUGGAUUUGUCUUGCCGUUGUAGGGAUUGGUUUGUCAUCUUUGAUGGUUGCAGAUCCUUUGCAGUAAAAGUUGCAAUACAUUUUAUAAUCAGCUGAGACUUUCUGAGGUUCAGGGAAGCUUUGUCAUGGCUAUACCAACUGAUCUCAAUAGUGUGGCUUCUGUUUAAGCCGUUUUCCCUUUGGUGCAGAGGGUACUGAGUGCAUGUAACCUUGUUUGUUCAAUAUGAACUGUCAAGGUGCUGUACUUAUUCAUACUUUAUGCCUUCUGGGUUCCUAGAAAUUAAUUCAUAAAACAAUCGAUGAAUUUGAUUCAGAAUCCUCCAUGUCUGCAUCAUGAUGCAUCAAAAAAUAGAUUUCAUCCCAAUCCUUACAGGCGUGAUAUGCCGCAUGGCUGAUAGCUCCAUGUUGUAGGCAAAAAAGUCAGAUACAGAUCAGAGCUACAACUAUAGAAAAUGGAAAAAAGCUGAAAUGACCAGCACUAAUAUUCAGACUAGCCUUUGGUCGACACAGGGAUAAUAUAAGGCAUGAGGGCUGGAAGUGUCCAUUCAAUAGACUCUCUCUGGCCAUAGAUGUUUCCAAAGGAAAAUAAAUUAACCAGAUAACAAAUAAAUCGAGGCAUUUUUGUUCAGUUUACUUUAGAGUUAGUUUUGCCUGUUUAAAGAAAUAUACCCUCUGAUAACAAAAUGUUUCUCUGCCUCUAUUUCUGCCUCUGUUUUAGUCGAUUCAAGGGAAAAAAAAUUGGUGCCACUGUUAAACCAACCAACAAACAAAUAAAUAAAAUGUACACAGCUUAUCAUUACAGUCAAAAAAGAAAAAGCCAAUUUUCAUUUGGGGUUGUAGUGACCCUGAAUAGUGUUGCCAGGCAACCAGCAGCUUGGCGGUUUCACACAGCGUCCUGGCAGUAUUGUCAUUCACGCACAGCAGAGAUCCGCUUCGGUGUCAGACUCUGGGCCAGAGUUGGUGAGCAAACAGGAUGGGUAACUUUCUCUGAGUGAUUAUUAACAAAGCCAACGGCUCCAUGGGUAACAGCUGCCGGGCAACAGCGCUUCACCGAACAGUUCAGAAUGUGUUAACAAAGGACAGGAGAAAUCAUCACACGGCGAUUGGGACAUGUCAGAAAGGUAUGUACCAUUCAGAACAAAUUUGUCUGUUUUUUUAAAAGAAAAUUACACAAUAUAUAGGUUUGGAAUCUCUUAAUUUGUUUCCCCCUCUGGUUCAUGUUAAGCAGGAAAGAGCAUGUAGGAUACAUUAUAGAAACACCAGGGUCCACUUAUCACAUGCAGACAGGCACUAUUAGAAACUAACAGCACCUGCUCAGAUGUCCACUGGUGCCAUGGCAACGGGUCCUAAUCUGCAUUGUCAGGCCCAGUUCACUGUAACUCUAACCACUCUGCCAGUGGUCAGGGUGUCAGUCAGCACACACACACACACACACACACACACACACACAGGGCUUACAUUACAAUAAUGCAGCAUACAACUCCUAUUUACUCAGGUGAAUGCAUCAAUGUACUAUGCACGCCAUGUCAGGUUUUCCUCGUAACAUAAUCUAUUUUUCCUCUCGUAGUUCUUCUGGUGUGAAUACGCUCAGUGGAAGUUUUCCUAAGUCCCACUCAUCCCAGUACUCAGAGCUCGGAGUUACACGUACACCUCUCUCAGUGGACCACAGUCCUGAUUCUGGACUGGUAUCUACACCUCUUCCUUCAAGCCGCUUCCAGUUUGUGCCGUGGCACCGCCUGGAGCAGUGUGAGGUCACCGGCGACCAGCUGACCUGCCCCCGGGUCAGAGAAGGACCAUCAGAGGAGGAGUUUCACUUCAGAGAAGGAAGAAAUUUCUGUUUGGAAAGAGGAAGGAGGAAGAGGAGAGAGGAGGAAGGGCAGAGCUGGGAGGAGAGACUGCAAGAAAAUUGGGAAAACUGUCUGGAGCUAAAUCUGUCCUACCAAAACUUGGGUGAUCCCUACCAGAGGGAGAACUUUUUCCGCAUCCUCCGACGGUUGAUCCGCGUGGAGAUACUACAGCUGAUCGACAACUCACUCACCGACCUGAGUUCGGUACGUCUGCCAAGGUGCAAAAUGCUAAACCUGCAUCGUAACCAACUGGUGUGUCUGCGUCAGCUGCCAAAGCUCCCAGCAGUGGAGCACCUCUGUUUGUCGGAGAACGCCAUCAGCUCCCUGCGGGGGCUGGGGGCUCUGGGGAGCAGCCCACUGCGCUCCCUUAACCUGACCCGCAACCCAGUGACCUUCAGUCGGGACUACCGUGCACAGUGGUGUUUUCUCCUGUUUGCCAAACCUGGAGGUCUUGGACGGCAUUCCCAAGCUUCCAGGAGACUCGCUGCCCCUCCGGGUGAAGGGACCGGAACCCAGCAGGAUGUGUAUCAUUUUAUGACUCUCUGAGGGAGGAUGAAAACAGACUUGGCCUAUUUCUGGCUUUUAGCCUGCGAAACUACAACAACACGGAGGAGGCCAGUCUUUAGUUUGAAGGAAAACUAGCUGGCUAACAUUUUCUACAUUUACUGAGAUUGUCAAAAGCUGCUUGUGAGAGACUUGACAAUAAUAUGCAAACUUGAACUGUGUUAAUAUUGAGUUUUGCUUAUAUUUUAUAAGUCAGAUAUUUUGUACAUAAUAAAAAUAUUUUGAUAAAAAUAAUAAAAAAAAAAUAGCUCUCCAAGAGAAAAGCCUUAAUCAAUCUAUCCAGUGUCUUCUACUUCAA